AUGAAUAUCUCAAACCUCCAAAGCAACAUCACGCAGGGUUCUACACAAACCGGACUAAACCUCGAAAUCCUAAGGAUGACAAUUCUGACUCCAAAUCUCAUCUGCUUCCUCUGCUUCUUGUACGUUAUCGUCAUCAUACUGAAGGUCUACUUCACGACGCCCCACGUCCAAGAGAACGGCCGCUACGUCCUCUUCGCCCACAUGCUUAUCAGCGAUUUGAUUUACCUGACCACGGCCAUAACGCUCUUGCUGUUUUCGAUGUAUUCUGUUGCCUUCCCUGUCUCGAUUUGCUACGUGAUGGUUACAGCUUCCUCGUCAUCCUUCAAGGUGACGCCGUACAUUCUGGCCGUCAUGUCUCUGGAGCGCUACGUCGCCAUCUGCUUCCCGCUAAGAUACGCGGAAUUCUGCACCAGGCGGAAAUCUGGUAUCGCUGUGGCGGUGGUAUGGCUCGUGGGCCUAAUUCCUAAUAUCGCCGACUUCAUAAUGCUGUCCUCCUCCGUUAACGUCAACUUUUUUCUAACGUACGUUCAUUGCGCCCGGACCUCAUUAUUAAACACCGCCGAGCAAAAUACAUUAAGGUCCUUCAUCCACGCCAUGACCUUUACUCUGGUCGGACUUAUAAUCGUGUUCACGUACGUCAAAAUCAUGGUGGUUGCAUUGAAGAUUGACUCCGGCAAAAGUUCCGCCUCGAAGGCUAGCAAAACCGUCAUGCUUCACGCCGUACAGCUCCUGUUGUGCAUGACAGCGUUCACUUACCCCAUCACCGAGAUGUAUCUGAGAAACUAUAUCAUCAUGUUACCCAUACUCAACUUCUCUCUCUUCAUGUGUCUGCCGAGGUUUAUAAGCCCGCUUAUAUAUGGCAUCAGGGACGACGUGUUCCGCGAUUGUAUCAGGAGAUAUGUGCUCUGCAAACCUGUAAGGAUACAUGUUAAUGCAAUCUGAGGCCAAGUCAACAUUAUUCCUGAUCAUGGAUGACUUUAUGAAUUUUAUGUAUAUUUUAUAUGCGUUUAUGUAGCAGAAGGCAUUGUGACUAUCAUAGAGUUAUUUAAAGUUAAACUGAUUAAUGAAGUCAUUGUAACUCGUUAUUAAAUCACGCGUCAGCAAGCCAACAUUCAUAUGGUUCCUCAAUCAGAUCAGGUGGGCCAUACCAACAUGGGAUGAAUCCAUUUCACCAAAACACGGCCCCAGGCAAGAAGCCCACCACAUGAACAUGUCAUGUCUUUUUUAUGCAUUUAGAAUGCCAAAGUAGACAACGUUGUGUUUUGUUCACCCCCUACAUAAACUGUCAUGCACCAGACCAACUUCUACCCAUUGGGGGAUUUUCUGGGGUUACCCUGAUUCAGGCGCCCCGGGCAGCUGCCGGACUCGCCU